UCUAACUAUCAGUAAGGCUGAAGGACAGGCUAGCUGGGCACAGCAACAUCCAAUCCCGUAUUACAUUACAUCAUGCUUUCAUUAAUUAUUUGUUUAUCCAACCGUUUGUUCGUUUGUGUGUGUGUGUGUGUGUGUUUUUCCUCACGUCUGUGUGUGUGUGUGUGUGUGUGUGUGUGUGUGUGUGUGUGUGUGUGUGUGUGUGUGUGUGUGUGUGUGUGUGUGUGUGUGUGUGUGUGUGUGUGUGUGUGUGUGGAGAGAUGCUGGGGAGGGGAGUGUCUGUCAGUAACUCAGGGAUAAAUAGAGAGGCAGAGCUCAGAGUUUGUCAGAAGGCGGACCUGACAGGGUCACACACAGGACCAAGCAGGAGCAGGACCUCAGCAUUUUUACCUUUUAUUACGAAUGGAGAAACAUGAAGAUAUUCAAUACUGUUUUCAAGACGGAAAUUCUUCUUGCAGAAAGGUUUUGCUAUCGACAUCUAUCUACAUAACACUGUACAUCUUCUUCUCAUUGAUUUCAGCAGUUACAGUAUUUUUGAAUGUACUGGUGAUUAUCUCCAUCUCUCACUUCAAGCAGCUCCACACUCCAACCAACCUGCUCAUCCUCUCUCUGGCUGUGUCAGAUCUCCUGGUGGGACUGAUUGUGAUACCAGUAGUGACUGUAGCAACAAUGGAACCAUGCUGGGGUUUUGGAAAAUAUUUCUGUGUGUUUCAAUUCUACGUUACUUUUUUAUGUACUAAUUUAUCGCUGGGCAAUUUGGUCUUGAUAUCUAUUGACCGCUAUGUUGCUGUGUGUGAUCCCUUAUUGUACCACUCUAAAAUAACAAUAACAGGAAGUAUCUGUAUUAUAUCCAUUACCUGGUGUUGUUGUAUCAUAUACGAUGCUGUUAUUUUAAAAAACUUUGUAAAUGUACAAAUACCCAGUAGGUGUUUGAAUGAAUGUUUUAUUGUUGAAGGGUCAAUCUGGGUUAAUAUAAUUUACAUUGUAUUUACAAUGGUUGUCCCGUGCUCUAUUAUUAUAACACUUUAUAUGAAUAUCUUUGUGGUGGCCAGAUCACAGGCCAGAAAGGUAUUUUCUAAAGAGGCUGCCAGUGUGUCUGGUGUUAAAACUGUACAGGCAAAUAAGUCUGAGAGAAAAGCAGCAAAAACUCUAGCUAUUGUUGUUUUCACCUAUCUCAUUUGUUGGAUUCCAUCUCUAUUAAUUUACUUUUUUUCUUCAGUUUUAGGUGAUCAUUUAAUAUCAAAUUUCACCAGUUAUCUGGCACUUGUUAAUUCCUUAAUUAAUCCAAUAAUUUAUGCUUUCUUUUAUCCAUGGUUCAAAGUGACAGCUAAACUUAUUUUAACUUUGAAGACGUUUAUAGUUCCUAUAAUAUGA